UAUACUGUUAAUAUAGUUAAGACUAAAUUGUUCUCAGUUGACUCCAGUAUACGGUAACACAUGCAACGCGAAAUCUAAGCAAAUAAAUAUCCGAGUUUAAUAUUGUGAAAAUGAAUGUAAUAGUAGUAUUAACAUUGUUUGAAGUAAUAUAUGUCGUGACUGGCUCCAACGUAUCAAAUACAAGAUUAAGACAAAUUACAAAGAAAGGAGUGGUCGCGUCCGAAAAUCCGUGUAACUAUACCGCACCACCUAAGCCUGACUUCUCAGCGCCUGGUCGAAGGAUUAGUGAAGCAAAGUGUUAUGAAUACAUGUGGGAGAUGAAGAAACGAGAGGACGACUCAACCAGAAUUACUAAUUGUUGGAAAAAGAAACACCCAGGCAGACAUGCAAUUGGUGGUCGACGCACAUCACCAGGUGAAUUUCCCCACAUGGGUGCUGUAGGAUGGAAAGCUGCUGUUGGAACCUGGAUAUUUAAGUGCGGCAGUUCCUUAAUCAGUUCGAAAUUCCUGCUCACUGCUGCUCACUGCUCUAAAGUAUCCCCACGUGACACCAGUGUGGCAAACCCUGAACCGGAGAUCGUAAGACUAGGAGAUAAGAAUAUUGCUGAUGUUUUUUCAAAGGGCGUCUCCCCACAAGAUGUGAAAAUCAAAAGAAUUGUUAAACAUCCGAACUUCAGUGCGCCCAAGAAAUACUUCGAUAUUGCGAUUAUUGAAGUAACGACUGAGGUUAUAUUCACAAAGCUAGUUCAACCAGCUUGUCUAUGGACCAACUACGAUACAAGCCAACUUGGAACAAAGGCAACACUUACAGGAUGGGGUGUCGUAGAAACAAGUGGAAGAGAGAUAUCCCCAGAGUUGCAAGCAGCGGAUGUCGACAUUAUCGAUUCAGAUAAAUGUCAAAAUUUACUCCGAAUCUAUUUUAACCGCCUCUGGUGCGGUGUAGACUUACAUCAGCUUUGUGCUGGAAAAUUAGCAGGAGGUGUUGACGCUUGUCAGGGGGACUCAGGUGGACCUUUGCAGGUAAAGAUACCUGUACCGAUAAAGUCACAGGGUUCAAUUCACUACGUCAUUGGAAUCACAUCCUUUGGUGUUGGCUGUGCUCAGAAAAAUAUUCCUGGGAUAUACACAAGGGUUUCCAGCUUUAUUGACUGGAUAGAAGAUGUGGUCUGGAGAGGGUCAUGAUUUAAAAAAAUAUUUUAAUUUUGAAUUUUUAAAUAAAAACUUUUUGAAUUAAUUAUGCUUAAAAACUAGCCAGGAAUUAGGCAGCGGUAUCUUUAUUUUCGUAACUUUUUUUUCUUUCUUUAUCUGUCCCCACAGAUUAUUUUAUUAAAAUGAAAUCCGUCCACAACGCAGUCACAAUUUUAUUCAAGUUGCAUAGGUAAAAAAAAGUUAAGGUUUUAAUAAAAAUAUUGAAGAACAUACUUAUAUGUAGCUUGUUUAAGUGUUGUUGCAUGGUUUCCAUGCCUGCUAACGUAUCGUGAUAAAUGUAACAGUUGUGUCAAGAUUGCCAGGACAUAACUGAUGCUUAGCAAUACCAUGCCAGUUUCUACUCCAGGAGCUCUGUAAGAAGGAGUGACACUUUUUAAUAUAUAUUACUGCAGCAGCCUGAGGGCAGUCGAAGGGUUUCAGGCAAAAAGUCAAAUUAAACUUUUAUUUAAUUUAAAUGAUUCAAUUCUAUUACUAAAAUAAUUAAUAUGCAGAAAUACAAAUCCAAAGCUUAUAAUUACGCUUUUUUAUCUUGUAUACUUUGAAUUCUAACCAUGGUCUGUGAGACCCUAAUUGGUGGGGAUGCUUCUAGCAUCAAGUUCACGCGUUGAUGGCUUCGUCAAGCAGGCGAGUUGUACUUGUAGACUGAACUUAGUAUUACUCUCUAACUCCAAUAACGCUAUAUCAAAAUACUUCCGAGGGGCCUAUACCGCCGCUAAUUAUAUUUUUAAUUACUACAUAAAUUGGGUUUCCGUAUAAACUAAAAAAGCAUUUGAAUUUAGUUUAAAAAUAUUAUUUCUAAAGUUAGUUUUAAAAAGUUUAUAUUAUUCAGUUGUUUCGCUUUCAACUCAACUCAGUUAUAUGUUAUAGAUUAGUUUUAAGUGUGAAAAUUCGUUUUAGUACUUGUUUUGUUUUAUACGACGAGCAAAUUACUAUUUUAUACCAAUUUCCAUGGUGACAAAUUUGGCUUACUCGAUGUUAUAAAAACCGUUGAGUAAAAGUAUGGUAUGUUUCUUAUAUAU